UUACUAUAGCAACCCCUACAAAGUGGGCGUGUGAGGUGCUCCACAAGUAAGCAAGCAAGCACAUGGCGACUACUACCUUUGAUGUCUCUGCCACGGCCCAGGGGAGCAACAAGGAGGAGGCAGUGAGUCUACAGGGUGCCUUCCAACAGUACAGGAACAAGAGACAGGAUGAGUUGCGUGAGCGUCAACGCCAGGAGCAGCUGUCAAUGGACUCUAGAGCAGACCCUGAGCGUAUGACUGCACUGAGGAGCAAGUUCCUUGAGAGAGCCAAGUCAUACAUGGGCAUACCAUACGCCAAGCGAUACCACACUCCAGACUCGCCCACGCAUAAUGCGCCACUGUUCCUGGACUGCUGUGGACUAGUGAGGCAAGUAUUGCUCGACCUUAAGGAAGAGUUUGGAUUUACCAUAGGGCGAUGGAACCAGGCCUACAUGUUUGACACUCUCCCUAUAAACCUGUCGGGACCGGAAGAGAUGAAACCAGGAGACCUAGUGUUUGUGUCUGGAGUUUACUGCAAGGAGAGAGCCAAGCAGCAGCGUCACAAUAUGGUGCAUGUGGAGAUAUGGCUGGGGGAGGGGCACACGUGUUUAGGUGCUCGCUGGCAGAAACGCUUUGUGGAGGUUCAUGACUCAUAUCAGUUUGUGUCCAAAUCGUACCACUCCAUGACCUACCAUUUCAAGUCUAUAGACACUUGGCUCAAGGGGAUCUGUGAAAGUAUGUGCUCAGAGCAUUCGUGGAAGAUCAGAAAGUUUGAUCCCACCAAGAAGUCGAUAUUUGCAUUGAGCGAGGAGGCGUGUGAUAGUUGUGAUGAUGGUGAGGAGUGUGACAGUGGUGAGCCUUGUGAGGACGAUACGGACUCACUGGAGGAGGGUGGGCCUGUAGCUGCCAAUACAACUAGCCAAGACCCCCAAAUUACCACUCAUAUUAAGAAAGCAAAGAAAGUCAAUCCCUCCCGAGCUAUGGUGUCCACUACUCCAUCAGCUGCUGGGCUGGCCAGGACAUUCCUCACUUGUGGAGGGAAUGCAUCAUCACUGGUUGAGAGUGCUCUGACUGACAGGGGGUGGGUACGCUGUGAGGAUAAGACCUCCACAACCUUCACUCUCAAGUGGACAGAGCUCAAAGGUCAUAUCGACUACAAACUCUUCAAAGAAGGGGAACAGGUUGUCAACCAUUUCCCUAACAUUGGCGUCCUCACUACCAAGAUUGGUCUACUCGAGAGCCUAAGAUCGUACUGCAAGAUACACAGACCCCCCAUUAGGCUGGACCUGUUCUUCCCCCUCACCUAUCGACUGGAUGUAAAGACAGAGCUGGAGGAGUUCCUCAGCUGCUUCACUGAAGGAGAGCUGUGGAUCUGUAAGCCCACUGGAGCUAACCAGGGUAAGGGUAUCUUCCUGGUCCGCCAGCUAUCAGAGGUGAUGGAGAAGCUCGAGUGGGACAAGACACACUGCAAACCAACGGCCAGACCCACCCCGAGGAUAGUUCAAAGGUAUAUCUCCAAUCCUCUGUUGUUGGAUGGGCGCAAGUUUGACAUCCGUGUGUACAUGCUUCUGCUGGGAGCUCGACCCUUCGUGGUGCUCUACAGAGAAGGCUACGUGAGGUUAUGUUGUGAGCCCUACCAGCUGAGCUCUGAGAGUCUCUCAGUCCACCUUACUAACCAAUACCAGCAGAAGAAGCUCCCUAUGUAUGCAGAGGUCAAGGAGGACACUGUGUGGGAUUUCGACAAGUUUCAGGACACUCUAAGCACUGAGCAUGACCUGCCCGCUGAUUGGGUGCAAAGUACACUCAAGCGACGGAUGAUAUCCAUCAUGACCACUUGCUAUCACAGUGUGAAGCACAAGCUGAGUCCCACCAAUGGACACUUUGAUCUCCUCGGGUUCGACUUUAUGCUAGACACAGAACUCAACGUAUGGCUGAUUGAGAUCAAUGUGAACCCUGCCCUCCACACUAACUGUGGUACACUGGCCACCCUCUCCCCCAGCGUGGUCUCAGAGACACUAGAUAUUGCUAUUGAAGUAUUUGACAAGAAUCGCAGGGACAAGCCGAUGCUGCCUCUGACAUCACUCAAACAUUUUACACGCAUCAACUAAACUGCAUAAUAAUUAUGUUGACACGUAUAUCCCUCAAUCCCGGCCCUUCAUCAUGUUUUUAGCACCAUUACAUUAUUUUAUUACAUUUUUGGAAUUUUGAA